AGAUCAGCUCAAAAUCAGGAGAAGCAUCAUGGAAAAUCAACUCACAUGGAUGGGCAUUAAGCAUUGAUUUGUAGGAAAGAAGUAGGAAACUUCCUUGUUGUAUUCUUCCUUCAUUGUUCUUGAACUAAAAGAUCAAAUGGCAUCAAGAAUGUUCAACGCAGGAGUGACCAAGGGACAAUCAACCACGAGGCCACCAUUGUUCGAUGGAACAAACUACUCGUAUUGGAAGGAGAGGAUUAGAAUCUUUAUCCAAUCCAACGACUACAAGCUGUGGUUGAUUGUGAAGAACGGCUGCGGAGUCCCGAUGAAGAAAGUCGGUGAAGUCAAUGUUCCCAAAACCGAAGAAGAGUUCACCGACGAAGAUUGCAAAAAGAUGGAGCUCAAUGCCAAGGAAAUAAACAUGAUUUAUUGCGGUGUUAACGCGGAUGACUACCGCAAAAUCUCAAGGUGUGAAACCGCAAAACAAAUGUGGGAGAAAUUGGAGGUCACCUACGAAGGAAUCGCGCAGGUUCGGGAGGCCAAAAUUGAUCAUCUCACUCACGAGUAUGAACUCUUUUCAAUGAAGGAAAAUGAGAAGAUUGAGGAAAUGUUUGAGAGAUUCUCUAACAUCAUCAAUCCCCUCAAUCUUCUCGGGAAAACAUACACCGACCGAGAGCUCGUGAGAAAGGUGCUGCGAAGCCUAUCUCCUAAAUGGCGUUCAAAGGUGGACGCAAUCGAAGAAGGUCGUGACUUCCAAACAACGACCUAUGAUGCUCUUCGAGGUAAUCUUAUUACCUAUGAAACCACCCAACUUUCAAAGGUGGUUGAAGAAACGAACAAAAGGUCUAUUGCUCUACCCGCAACAACAUCAACCCACAACAACGUUGAUGAUGAAGAUGAUGACAGCGACGACACCGACCUCGAACUCUUUGUCCGAAAAUUCAAGAAGAUGAUGCUCAAGAAGGGAGCAAAGAAGAACACUCCACCCAAAUGCUAUGGGUGUGGUGAAGUUGGACACAUCAAACCAAUGUGCCCAAAGCUCAAGAACGAGAAGGACAAGAAGGCACCGAAGAAGCAGCGUGCUUACAUUUCUUGGGAGAACGACGGCUCUGGGAGUGAAGACUCGGAAACGGAAGAAGUGGCCAACUUGUGUCUCAUGGCCAUUGAAGAUGGUGAUGCAUCAAAAGAGGUAAGUGAUCAAGAACCUUCUCCCAAUGAUCCUUUAACUCUUAACGAUGUAGUUUGCAUUGUAGAAGAUUUGGAAAAGGAACCGGAAGAAGAGAAAACGCAGGAACAAACGGAGCUUCCUAAGGAAUGGAGAACAUUGAAGAACCACCCGAUUGACAAUGUCAUUGGUGAUCUAACGCAGGGAGUUUCUACUCGUAAUUAUCUUAGGAACACAAUUAAUCACAUGGCCUUUGUUUCACAAAUUGAACCAACAACCGUUUUGGAUGCUAUUAAUGAUGAACAUUGGUCUAUGGCAAUGCAAGAGGAGCUUAACCAAUUUAAACACAAUGAUGUUUGGGAAUUGGUACCUAGACCUAAUGAACAUUCCGUUAUUGGCACAAAAUGGGUGUUUCGUAACAAACUCGAUGAAAAUGAAUCAUUAGAAAGAAUACAUGUUGAUGACGAUGAAGACAACACCGGAAUAUACAUCACACACAGCCGCAAACUGAGGAGAUACCUCAAACGACUAACCAAGUCAAUCGAGCGGAUGGACUGGACGCUGCAACGCCAACACCAUGACAUGACGGCGUUCUUCCGCGGCAUCAACUACGUCCCGCCGCCCUUUGACAGCACCUUCCUCGGCCAAAACUAUGAAGGCGAGGACGAGGAGGAUAACUCCUAUGCUCCAUCCUCCUCCCCCGACGAGGCCGACUUUGAGGACGCGGUCGACGGGGAUCCCAUGGACGUCGAGGACGACGAAGAAGACGAUGACGCCGAGGACGAGGACGCCGCUGCCUAAACUCUUCUUUCUUUUCCUUCCUUCAUAUGAUUGUUUUUUAUUAUUAUUUCCAUUCCGUUGUAUUCCGCAUUUUCAUGAAUAAAAUUUUACUUUUAUACUCCAAAGUUCACUUUUAAUUCUUUUUGUUAAUGUCAAAAGGGGGAAGAUAUCAAGGUUAUGCAUAAAUUGAGGGGGAAAUA